GCUGGGACACGUAUUUCACAUUUAGUCAUAUUUUGCUUGUAAACUUUCCAUCAUGGCCCAGCCAGGCGUUGCCUCGCCUGCGAGUGUGGGCUCCCCUGUGCCAACGGCAAUGCAUAUGGUUAUAGUGACACGACUUAAAGAUUAUGUCUCAAGUAUUGUAAAGCAGAGGAAACCCUGGAACGAGGUUGUGGACAGGACGGCUUUCUCGAAGCCAGGCAGCGUGGCCGAGGCCACGUCACGGUUGCGCAAGAAUGCGGCCUAUUUUAAGGUCAACUACUUGAUCGUCAUGGUGCUUACCACGGCUGCAACCUUCAUCAUGCAUCCUGGCUCCCUAUUAGUGCUGGGAUUCAUAGCGGCGGCCUGGGUGUACCUGUUUAUGAUCCGGACAGCACCGCUGCAGUUGGGCGGACGGACGAUCAGCGACCGAGAGAAGCUCAUCGGUAUGUCUGCCCUGACCUUCAUUACUAUUUUCUUCCUGACGAGCGUGGGGACUGUCUUCUUCUCUGCACUCAGUCUUAGCCUGGCAGUCAUCGCAGCUCACGGCGCGUUCCGUGAGCCGGAUAACUUGUUCAUUGAUGACGGCGAGACCCAGCAAGGCCUCUUCAACAUGUUUACUGCACCAGCCGUGCCGACGACACUAGCAACGACGGUAUAGAGCAAUUCAGCCAAUGGGUGCACGUGGGGGGGUGCGUGCAGCAGGAUCCUUGACAGCAGCUAGAGGAAAUUUCACGCUGCGUCAUAGGUUAAUCUUGGGAAAAGCUGCUGUGCAAGGGCUGGAUACCCGCCUGCCUGCUCUGGACAGUGGGU